GAAGAAAUAUGGCUGAGUGUGGAGCAGCUCGUUGUUUGCAAGACAGGAGAUGUUUUCGCAAGGAGCUGCAAAAAUGGAGACAAAAUCUUCUAUACAUGCUAGGUUACGAAUCUAUAGCAGAGGGUAUCGUCGGAAGAAGUCGAUGGAACAAUGUAAUGAAACCCUUGAAUGAGAACCAACCUACAGAACCAACAGAUUGGAAGCCAACCGAAAAUUGUCUACUGUGUCAGAACAAGAAGAUAUCAGAAUCGGAAACUGUGUUAAGAAGCCAACCCUUGGAAACUAGUAGUGCAAAGACACUUGAAGAGAAGGUUACCAUAAGGUACUUAGAAGAGCUGCUUCCAAACUGGUCUCCUAUGGUACCACCCCACUAUCCAGUUCCUGCUGCACCACCUGACCCGGACCAGCCUCUUGACUUGUCAAUGACCUCGAAGGAAUGCGCCAUGCAGAGGAUAAAGAUUAACUUGCGUGAAAGAGAGCAACAGAAGAUGAACUCCAACGUCAUCAGAGUGCCAGAACUGAAGAAGAAGCAGGGCUUGGAAGGGAAACUGAAGAAGGUGAGGCCGGGGGAGGGGCCUAUGCGGCGCAACUACACAGAGGACGAACUGCGGGCUGCAGUCGAUGACAUUCGUAAUGGCAAGCUGGGAACACGCCGUGCCGCUGUACUUUAUGGCAUACCGCGUUCGACGCUGCGCAACAAGGUGUACAAGCUGGAAGCAGAACAGGCACACGCGUAUCAGAAGAAGUCUCAAGUGCCCAGCCGCUCAACUAGCCCGGCACAAUAUCCGUCGGCCUCACAGAGCCUGCGUGAUCUCAUACACAAGAAAAUCACGGACAGCCUACAAGCAUCGCCAAACGGGGAUACAAAGCCAGAGAAAGUGCCAGAAAAGCCACUGAUGUUGUUUCCGGCUGCGGCCACCCGGCGCACCCUCACUAGCCGAGAGCUGCUAGAAAAGAAGCCUAGUGACCUGAAGGAUAAGUUAAAGUCAUCUAUUCCUUACAACAGCGACAUCAGACUUCCAUUCCUGUCUGAGUUCAUCCGCAAUCUGACGGAGGAACGGCUGCAGGAGGAGAGGAAGAACGUGGCACGUAUCAACGGCGACGACUCUGCAGAUUUUAUCCUGAAGAUUCCGUCCUACAAGCCGACACGGCCACUGACGACCACAGACAUUCUGAGUACGGAGAGCAAGGCGUUUGGAGAUGCGCUGAAGAGCAUCAUAGCGAAGAACAUCAGCGAGCACGUGCGCAACCACUGCUACCAGUCACAGUCGGCUUCCCAGUCAGAUGAGGAGGACAGUGUUGGCAGACCCUCUUCCAGCAGAGGCCGAGAAUCCACCGGGAGCAACAUGUACGUGAAGGACUGCAAGCCAAUGGGAAAGGGGACGAGGCCCAAGCGUGGACGUUACAGGAACUACGACCACGAUAACCUCGCAAUGGCUGUGCAGAGUGUGCAGAGAGGAGAGAUGAGUGUGCAUAGAGCUGGCACCUUUUACGGUGUUCCACACUCCACGCUCGAGUAUAAAGUGAAGGAGCGCCACCUGUUGAGAAAGAGAAAGAUCCAGGAUCAGAAGGAGCAGCAGCGAGUGGAGCGUCUGCAGCGCAUCGGCCUGUACGGUGGCGACCUCAUAGCAGAUGACUCGGGCGACAACUCUACAACCAGCUCGGUGGAGAGCGAGGUGAAGAAGGAGACGGGCAGCGAGUCCAGCCAGGUGUUGGCAUAUGCGCCUGUCCAAAUGCAGCAGGGCUCGCUCUACAUGUCCGAGCUGCUCAAGCAGCUGAAAGGCCGGUAUGACCAGGCGAUGGCUGGGACCUCGCCGCACAUGGGCAGCUGGCCACGAGACAGUGUCAUCAAUUACGUUCAGGGAAACCUGCCGCCUGCACCUGGCAACAACUGACAGUCGUUCGCCAAUAGCAACAGGUACUGCACCGACUCUUUAGCACGGUAGAUUAUAGAUCGACAUACAUCCUCAGAAUUAAUAACCUCAGUGUUCUACCUGAUUCUGGAUCAAGACCGGUAUUUUCCCCCAUGCUGACCUCGUUAUAGGAUGUAAUCAGGUUCGCAGGACUUCGUAUGUUAGCACAUAUGAUAUUGCUUAUUUAUAGUUUGUGGUAUCAUUGCUCUGACUAACGUCACAGGAAAGAAAACCUGUGUAUUUGCCUGCCAGAGGUAAUGUGUCAGGCAGAUGCCUAAGUCUUCUUUGAAGUGUUGUAUCUGGUCAACAGGUUUUGCAGUUAUGGGUAUGAAUAUUUGCAUGCGUUAAGCAAUCUACUUUACCUCGUUCUGUUAGCAGGGAAGGAUUGACUUGUAUAAUAGUGUGCGUCAUGAGUAUUUAAAAAGGGUUUUGUUUGUAGUCAGUGUAAGGUAAACAGUAUUAUAACGCAAUAGUUACAGUCAAAUCGAGAAAUGUCGUUUGUGAGCUGAUUUUGAAAGUGUCGAAAGUGCAUCCUUGCAUUUAAAAUUGAUGAUCAUAAAAGGUACGUGUUUGCUCCUUAUUUAUGUUUUAAGUACCACCUGGGUUUCACUCAUCAUAGCUGCAGUUGCAGUGGUGCUUUUCUUUCUAAAGGAUGUGGCAUCCCAAUAGCUUGUUAAAGUGGAGAGAUGCAAGGAUCGCUUAUAAUUAUCUUGGAAUUGCCUAGAAAUAUUUUUUGUCAGACACUGGAUAGGAUUGAGCUAUAUCAUGCAGGUAUUUAUUACCAUGUAGGUGUACAUUCUCUAUUUCAUGAUGGUUAAGUUAACGUCCGCAAGAAUGUUACUUACAAAAUGUUUUUGGGGGUAGUGAUAUUAAACUGCAUAGAUAACCAAAUAUAGUCAUUCACUUAGUCAAACGCUUGUCCGAUUCAGAUUAUUUUUGGACAAAAAGAGCCUGAUAUAAAAAAAUCAACAUUUAGUAUAUAGGAUAUACAAUCUAUAUGAUAACAAUAUGUUAUUAUCGUGAUGUAAAAUCAGCAUUCCAUAUCAGAUCAAUCUUGUGUAUUUAAUACAUGACUAAUUCUAUUAUUAUUAUUAUUAUUUUUAUUACAACUAUUAUUAUUAUAUAUAUAUGUGAACUAUAUGAUGAUAAUUAGAUUGUAUACGUGGUUAUAUUUAUUUUCACAUUUAUUUGAAUUAAAAAUUAUUUACUCUGUCGUUAAGCUUAGUUAAUAUGUAUUUUCAUUUCAUGUGAUAAUUCAACCUAAAAUGUUCUUAUGGAUUAUAUUUAUGUAUGAGUGGUAGUCAUUGGACUUUUGUUGUUAUGCGAGGCAUAACUAACUUGUAAUGGGAUGAAUCGUUUCAAAAGUUAACAGUGUAUAGAACAUUCGACGUAGGAGAUUUUCGUGGAUCGUUGCUGUGAAUCUACAAUGCACAUUGGUAGUGAGCAUGGGUUAGUUGUGUCGGGGAUUUAGAGUCACAGAAGAGACACGUUUACACAUUCCAGCUCAUGCGUUUGUGAUGUAAGAAUACUCUGCAGAGUCGUGAAUCUCGGAGUAGGUAGAUACCAUGUGCUAGAGUAAUCCCUGCUGCAUACUAUGUAUGUGAGUGAUGCGGGUGUAGUAACUGGAUGCCAAAAUGUGGCAGACGACAAUCCAGGGGCUCACGUAUCACCCACAGUGAACUUAGGUAUGUGUUAGAAGUGCAGCUCAGCUGGCUAGCAAAAAACUUAAAUAAUGGUAAAACCACAGAAAAACGAUUUAGAUAUUUUAUUAAAUAGUCACGAGCUUUGUCAGUUUAUUAUGCUAUAUAUAUAUUAGCAUUUAUACUUUUUCUUGCCUCUCCCAGUAUAAAACGUGGUCUUUCAAGCUUCACGAUAAAGGUCUGUGCCUGUCUUUCUGUGCCAUAUCAACGACGGUGACCUGUGUUGCAUGGAUGUUUGUAUUUCGGUGAUCAGUCUUUUGUGUUUAGCACGUUUAAAGGGAAAAUAUGGAAAAAACGUCUGGGUUUUGCCUGGCGUGAAAAGACCAAAUAUUUAUAUAUACCUGUUGUGAUGUUGGCCAGCGUCGGAUUAUAUUUGCAUAGUGCGCAUUAUUAUAAUAGUCCAGCAGUGGUUUGUUAAUGUUGUUUUUCUCGUAUGAAGAUCAUCGUCACUGUGCCUGUAGAUUAUCGGCAGUAUCUCGAAGGUGGGCGACAGGUCGCCGUCGUCGCCGGGACGUAGUGCGAACUCUCGUCGCCAUUUGCACGCGUGUGGCCGCAGACGUGUUGUCGGUGAACACUAGGCACGAAAGCGCUAGAAGUCGGAAGCUUCUCACUGUGUUCUUGCGUGGAGUGCGUGGUCCCUGUGGCCACUGAGUCGUGGGAAUGGCACGUUAAGAGGAGGGCAGCUAGACAACAUGAUUGGAAUGCUGGCCAGCAUGGGCAAUUCGUGGAAUAGCCACGCCAAAGAGCACACGAGCAGUGGGACUUUUUUCUUUAGUGUCUGGAUGACAUUAAAUGUUAGUAGCACAACAUGUACGACGUGCUGUUUACAUUUCUUAUAUAUAGGGUAAGGUUAUAAAUCUUUCCAAUUAAAAAAUUAAAUGAUCGAAAACUACUAUUAUUACACCGAUGUCACUGUAGAGUAGAACUAAGCACAUUCAUAGUGGUGUAGGUACGAAGCACUCGCCUGUCUGGUAGAUGACGUAUAGGUGAGUGUGUAAGAUCAAAACUUGACCAUUUAUUGUGAUACUGGCUGUCGAAUUGCUCUAUAUCGAUACGUUUCACUUGCUAGUCUUGUGAUUACUUCUGUUACUAGUCUCCUGAAUACAGACACUACCUACUGGACCAUGUUCCAGUGCAAGUCUUUACAUUCCACUAGGCCUCUAUGUCAUGCUACUGCGUCAAUCACCUCCCUAGUGCUAUUUCAUGUAAUGCGUUAACCGAGAUUUUAAGCACAGCGCUUUAAGCGCGAUAUGUGCCAUUCAUUUGUUUAAUCAAAGGUUUACCACUUGGUGUAACCUGAGAGUAUGUUUUUGUGGGCUGUAGCAAGUCUGCAGUACUGCUGUGCUUUUCGUUACUAGUAUUUAAGCAGUAAGUACCAGUCAUCCGUACAGUAUUAGAGUUUUGUAUCGUAAUGUAAGAUUAAUGUGGGUCCCUCGGACCAGCUUACUAAAAUGAAAACUGCUUAACAGCUGGCAUUAUCAUUUUCCUAUCGGAGUGUGACUUUCUGUGCGCGUGUAUAUACGCAUCAGCCAACUGAGAAGGACCAAUUCCCAUAGUUAGGGAAGUCUGGGGACCAUAGUCGUCGUUUAUACGUAGCCAUUGAAUGUAUCGUGUGGUACAGACGGUACAGUUCCGGUGCACCUGUCGAUCUUAGCUAUGACAUUGACAUUGUACAGAAAUAGUUUACUCUAGUUUGUAUUUGUGCAGAUGCUAAGCGCACAUUCUGGCGUGUACUGGUCACUCGGGCACUUUGCCGGUUGCUUUACCCACUGAGGUCAAGAGUUAUUUUGCGCUUUGGUUAUCGCAGAAGCUCGUUGUUUUGUGAUGUUUUCUUUCCUUGGCUGUGGCGCAUAGUCAGGGAGUGAUCACUCUAUCGAUUUCCAUGUUGAAAACGUUUCAGGUGAACAUUUAUUAAAAGCAGGAAGUAUUGUUGGGCUUGCUCCCAAAAUCCUCAUACGCAUAACAGGUUUAAACCGACAGGAAACGGAAUAGAUACGGGCUGUUGAGAUACUGUCCUGUUCAGGACUAUGGUAUUUACAUUUAAUGCUUCAGUCAUCAGGUCUUUACUUUGUCACCUCGAUGUCACUUUGAAUGUUGGUGGGUAACGCAGCUUUACACGCAAUUAUAAAGGCCAAAUCAGGAGUAGUGUAAGAGAGCUCACAAACCCAGUAAUUAACCGACAUUCAAGGUGCAUCUUUAUCUCAAGUUUUUAUAUUUGUAAUUGUGAUGUAGUGUCUACAAGCGUUGUCUCUUAUUUGGAGCUUCAGUAGGCAAGAGACGUGUGUGCUUUGCAUAAACCUUUGCCUAGAUCAGCAUUGCGCAGUCUUCCGCACACUGCUGCCAUGAUGUGGCCAAAUUUUUAAUUGGUCAGUGUUUAUCUUCUCGUGUAUUAUAUAGUGUUAGCCAUGAGUGGAGUGUCUGUGCAACGAGUACUGUGUAUGGUGUCUGGUAGUGGUUUGGUGUACGAGGCAGUGAAGACGUAUGGAAAAUAUUCAACUCUUUUCCCCCGGCCUUGUGAGGCAUAAUUUUGACACCAGCCAGCAGUGCAGUCAGUAACUGGAGGAAAAGAGUUGUUUGUUUGUUGCUUGUUUCAGUGAUGUUGUGAUAAGUGCUAUGGUUCCAGUCACUCAGACAUUCUGUUGGUAAAGACAAAAGUCAUAGUGAAACCAAAGGUGUUUGUGAGUCAUGUUAUAUGGACAGUAAUAAAGUCAUAUUUAUGAA